UUUACGUCACGUCAGCCGUAAAGCAAAAGCAAUGGACUAGGUGACAAUAAUGAUAUGAGAUAACUGAACAUUGUAACGCUACCUUGCAGAAUUUUGUUUGUUUGAAGCUGUUAAAUUCCGAUAAAGUUUGAUAUUACUCAUUUGUCAACCUCUCACUUGUCACCACGUCUGAGUAAAGUAUUUUAUUAACACCCUGUGUCCCCCUGUGUGGCGAGAAAGCGACGAGAGCCAGUGGAAGAAUUGCUUUUAGCCAGUCAUUGCAAUGGCCUCCGAAAGCGGCGAUAGCAACAUGGAUAGAGAAAUGAUUCUGGCCGACUUUCAGGCUUGCACCGGAAUUGACAACAUUGCAGAGGCAAUCACUCUUUUAGAGCUUAAUAACUGGGAUUUAGUGGCAGCCAUCAAUGGAGUGAUUCCACAGGAGAAUGGGAUCUUACAAAGCAACUUUUCCAGUGAGGUGAACCAGGCCAGCAUGUAUGGACCUCCAAGCCAAUCAGAGGCAGCCGAUGCAGCAACAGGAGGUGCAGCUCCUCCCACAUCCUCUUCGUCUUCGUCCUCCUCUCCACCGUCGUCCUCGACUUCAGCUUUUUGCCCCAGCAGCUUCUCCUCCCGACACAUUGUAGAGCGUCAGCCCCGGAUGCUCAACUUCAUGGUGGAGUACCGACAACGCACUGUAGAGCUGGUACUGGAGGAAGGCAGCACAGUUGGAGACAUCAAACAAAUCCUUGAGACAGAUCUUGGGGUUCCGGUGUCCAAAAUGCAGCUGAAGGGAUGGAAAAGUGGCGAUGUAUCCGACAGUACGGUGCUGAGAAGUUUACACCUGCCCAAGAAUAACAGCCUGUAUGUCCUGACCCCCGACAUCGCCCCUUCUGCCAGCACCAGCAAAAACAGUGCUCUCCAAGAGUCGUUAAACCAGAACUUCCUGCUGGUCAUCAGCCACCGCGAGGCACAGAGGGACUACAAUCUCAACUUCCCCGGCUCCAGAACCAUACAGGAGGUGAAGAGGAACAUUUCAGACUUGACCAACAUCCCAGUUCGGCAUCAACAGUGGGAGGGGUGGCCCGCAUCAGCAUCUGAUGACUCUAUGACGCUAGCUGUCUCUGGGAUCAGCUAUCCUUGCCAUCACCUCAGUGUUUGUCGAAGGUCUUCACCAGCCAAUUCCCGGGAACCCACAGAAGAGUGUGCAGAUGUCCAUAUGGUCAGUGACAGUGAGGGGGAUGAUUUUGAGGAUGCGUCAGAGUUUGGUGUGGAUGAUUCAGAGAUGUUUGGACUGGGCUCCUCUGCCUGUCGGAAAUCACCUAUGAUGCCAGAGAAUAGUGAGAACGAAGCUGAUGCCUUACUGCACUUUACUGCCGAAUUUUCCUCAAGGUAUGGAGAGACCCACCCUAUGUUCUACAUUGGGUCUUUGGAGGCAGCGUCUCAAGAAGCCUUUUAUGGCAAAGCCAGAGAUAGAAAGCUGCUGGCCAUCUACCUCCACAAUGAUGACAGUGUCCUCAGCAACGUCUUCUGCUCCCAAAUGAUGUGUGCUGACUCCAUUGUCUCCUACCUGAGCCAGAACUUCAUUACAUGGGCCUGGGAUGUCACUAAAGAAGCUAACAAAGCCAGACUACUCACCAUGUGUACGAGGCACUUUGGCAGUGUGGUGACACAGACUAUACGGACAUACAAGACAGACCAGUUCCCCCUGCUCCUUAUAGUCAUGGGCAAACGCACAUCCAAUGAAGUUCUAAAUGUUAUUCAAGGCAAUACAACAGUGGACGAGCUGAUGAUGAGAUUAAUGGGAGCAAUGGAGAUCUUCACAGCACAACAGCAAGAAGACAUCAAAGAUGAGGAUGAGCGAGAGGCGAGAGAGACAGUGAAGAGAGAACAGGAUGAGGCCUACCGUCUGUCUUUAGAGGCUGACCGUAAAAAGAGAGAAGCCCAAGAGAGAGAGGAGGCCGAGCAGGUUCGUCUGGAACAGAUGAGAAAGGAGCAAGAGGAGGAGAAGGAGGCAAUCCGCUUGUCAUUGGAGCAGGCCCUACCGCCAGAGCCUGACGAGGAUUCUGGAGAGCAAAUCAGCAAACUGCGAAUCCGCACACCGAGUGGCGAGUUUCUGGAAAGGCGUUUCCUGGGCAGCUGUAAGCUUCAGGUCCUCUUCGACUUUGUGGCCUCCAAGGGAUACCCCUUUGAAGAGUUUAAGCUCCUCACCACCUUCCCUCGUAGAAAUAUCACCCAGUUGGAUCCAGGAUCAACUCUGCUGGAGGCCAAGUUGUUUCCGCAGGAGACGCUCUUCCUGGAGGCUAAAGAGUAGGAACUGGCCCCUCUGAUAGCUGAGAGGACUGAGUGACUGAUGGACUGGCUGGGCACACACUAGUCACCGAGCAUGGGCCCCUACCAGUCUGGGCCUACAGUACACACCCUCACACACACACACACACACACACACGCACCAACACACAAAAACUAUCCUCUCAGACGUACAUGAACACACUGGCAUGCACAUCCAGUGACACACAAGUGCAAGUAAGCUUCUCUGCCCUCGUCCUGGUCGUGGCACAUGAAUGCAGAGUGUGCACGUGUCGCAAAGAGGAGCAAAGAAAGUAUCACAAGCACACAGCCAAACAUUCACCUCCCCCAAAACCUGCUCCCUCUCUCUGUCUCUCCUCUCACGUAUUUCACAACCUCACGUUCCCAACUGCUGUGUCAUGGUUUUCUCUCACAACACAAACACAACACAGCACGAUAACAGCAUUGAGAGACAGAGUAGGCACAUCUUUGUCACAGGAUUAAAAAAAAAAACAAAAAAAAAAAUUUAAGAAAAACAAAAAAAAAAAUGGACUUGUUCCCUUGUGUUUCCACAUUCAACAUACCAAGGCUGCUUUUUUAGAACAUGGUUUUUGUGUUUGAAAUUAAAAAGAAGAAAAGGAAAAAAAAAAAA